CGCAAAGCACAAAGCCCGAAUGUGCCACUUGGACUUGUGACCAACUCGCUUGGGGCUGCCGCUUUCUUUCUGCCUGUGCAGGCGCUUAGUCUGGACUGGAACCUGGCUUGUGAGCCUAAACCACCCCAGAUGCCUCCAGCAUUUUAGCUGCUGCUGGUGGCUUCUUCUGUUUUUUUUUUUUUUUCUUCAUUCCUUUCCUUUCUUUUACUCUGCUUUAUUCCCAUCAAUCUCUCCUCUUAUCACAUCAUUCCUACUAGUCGCCGACAUAAUGAAGCGUUUACUCAGCAACAUCAACAAGCGACCGAGCACGAGUCGGCUGCGCGGCGGCACCGAAUAUCCGCAAGACUCUCCGGAAAGCGUCGUCCUAAGAGAAGUGACUGCCUUUUGCGAAAAGGGUCAGGGUCCGAACCAACCGCAAGGAGACGAGUUUGUCCAUCUGCCCAGCAUUGUCGAAAGUGCCGAGUCAAGCCCCAAUGCCGCGCGUGAAGCCGCUCAUCUUCUCCGAAAACUGCUCUCGUCGCCGAACUCGACCGCCGCCAAUAUCCAGUACAAUGCGUUGAUGCUGGUGCGCAUUUUGAUCGACAAUCCGGGACAUACAUUUAGUCGCAAUUUGGACGCCAGUUUUGUCACAGCCAUCAAGGAUUUACUUCGUUCGGAGAAGGAUGUAGGUGUACAGCGGUUUCUCCGAGAAACGUUGGAUGCCUUGGAAUUUCAGCGAGGUUGGGAUGAGGAUCUCAAGCCGCUCGUGGAGAUGUGGAAGAAAGAAAAGGCUAAAAUGAGUAAGACGUACACUCCGAAAAGUCGGUCGAACAGUUGGCGAGCGACCAUGUCGCGUCAGAAUUCGGAUAUUCAGGUUCGCCCCGAGCGUGUCGAUACCUUGCCGCCACCCGACGAGCUGGUUUCUCGUAUAUCUGAGGCAAAGACUACGGCGAAGCUCCUGAUACAGUUCGUGCAGUCGACCCCGCCGAGCGAGAUGCUCACGAACGACCUUAUUCAGGAAUUCUCGGCUCGGUCUCGAAGAGCGCAGCGCGCCAUCUCGAACUAUAUCCAUGCGACGAACCCCGCACCCGAUGAGGACACCUUACUGACGCUGAUUGAAACGAACGACGAACUAUCUGUGGCACUGUCCAAGCACCAGCGCGCCAUGCUUCAAGCGCGAAAAGCCCUCGGUCAGCAAACCCCGCCCGCAGAGACAGCUACGGCCACACAGUCGCCAGAGCACAGCGAUCAGUCAAUCACAGGCACGUCCGCAUCACGCCCGGUCCCUCCGCCUCCUGUGCCGCUACGAAGUCAAAGUCCUCCGCUUGGUGAGCCGGUAUCGCCCAUCUCUCCCGAAGCAACCGCCCACCGCAGCGCCACAACGAGAACCGAACAGUCUGACAUCUCGGUGUUAAGCGGCACCGGGCCAACUGCUCGUUUUGAGUACCGGUCGGAAGAUUACCAGGUGCAGAACCCGUUUGCGGACAACUACAGUAUUCCAUCGACCAUACCGACACACACUUAUGACGAACGAGAAAUCGAGCGAGAUCGAUGGAAUAAGACCCAGCAGCCGGGCCAGCAGCACCAGCAUUAUUAACCGAGUAUCCGAUUUUGAUUACUACAGUAUUCUUCUGGGCUUGUUUUCCGUGUUUUUGUAUUUAUACCCUGUGAUACCUCUUUGCGGAGUAUGAAUGAAUAUCUUGGAUACAAUUCCGCUUUGC